ACAAUUGACAACAACAAAUAAACAAUAAUGAUUGUCGAAGAACCGAAAGUAGAUUCUCUUUCAGAUGAAGAUUAUGUUAUUUUUAAAGCAAAAUAUGCACUUAAAACUGAUCCGAUUUUGGCUAAAACAUGGAUGAUUACAGCUAAAACAUUAUAUCCGAAUAAUUUUUCUGUGCAGUUCGAAGCGUAUUUAGUUGAAAAAAAUGCGAAAAAUAUUAAAGAUGCAGCAAAAAGUUUAAGUGAGAUAGUGAGUAGUUUUCAACAACAUUCGGAAUUGUGGAAAGAAAUAGAUGCAAUGACUUCGGCCUUACGUCUCGAUCAUGAUAGUUUAGAUAAAGAUAAUAAAUUUUUAUGUGAUAUGUUCAAGUACAUUCCAUCAGAUAUCCAACAUCAAAUUUUAUUAUUAACGGCUGAUCGAUGUGAGGAUACCAUGGAACAUUGUAGACUUUUGUUACUUCUUCUAGAAAAAUUUCCACAUACUAUAUCAACACAUGCGCCUAAGUUAGUAGAUACAUUAAUGACGGCUGAAAAACACAGCCAUUUUGGAAAUCAACCGAUAAAUCCAUAUAGACGAUUACUGGUGUGCGAUUUACUGACACUUUUAGGUUUAUCGAAUGCUAAAAUUGAUUUACCAGCGAAGUUAAUGUAUAAGUUACUAAAUAAAGCUAUCGAAUAUUAUUUAUGCUGUAUUGCUGCUCCUACCAGUGUGGAAACUGAGCCUGGAGAUAUGCCUUGGAAUAAAUUAUUUAACGUUUUAGAAUUAACCGGUCGUAUUUUAGGUUGGGAUCCAAGUUUAACAUCAUUUGAUCAGAAUUGGAAUAAAGAAAAUUAUUGGUAUAAAUUUUCAUCAUUUUUCAAAACACACAAAACCAUGUUAGUCGAUGAUGUAAUUAUUAAACAAAUUAUAUACUCGUCAACCUUGUUUUUCUUGUAUUGUCUUCAUGAAUAUACAGCGCUGUCACAAAAUUCAACACAAUUUACAUUAGUUGAAGCUUUCACAGAUGCAAGUUUACCGCGAGUAGUUAUGGAAACUACAAAAUCUAGUAAACGUAGAAAGAUUGAAGAAGAUAUUAAUCAGCCAAUCUUGACAAUAGACAAACCGGCUUCAAAUACUGCUCUGACAAAUUUUAUUAUGGCCGCCAAUUGUUGGGAAAUGUUACAUUCAUCAGAAAUCAUUCAGCGAGAAUUCAGCAAACUUACAAGUAAUUUAAAAUUGGAACAAUCAUUAAAUAAUUUCAUAUUGGAUUUUGCAAUGUACAAAGGACAUUAUGAAGAUGCUUUAUUACGCUUACAAGAAGAUCGUCCAGUUGAACCUAUUGCUGUGUUAACACGUAAUUUACGUAUUGCAUCAAUACUUUUCUUCCAAAAAUAUUACGGGCAAUGCUUCGAUCAAAUUUAUGCGAUUAUUAAAACAUUACAACGAAAUCAAAUGGGUGUGUUGAGUCAAAAUUUAACAGUCGGCGGUAUACAACGACAUUUACAUUUUUUACCAUUAAAUUAUUUAACAGUUGUUCAAUAUUGUGUGCGAUUGAUUAUUUGUGGGAUUAAGGACAGUAUAAAUAAAAAUAGUAUUAAUAAAAUACCAGUUUUUAACGAUUUAGCAUUGGGAUGUUUGUUGGUUUUAAUUCAACUAGAUUGGCCGCAACAAGAGGAUAUAUUACCAAUUAUAACGUCUACAAUUACUCAACGUGGAACUUUUCAUUAUCCAUUAUUGCAGAAACAUGUUGUAAAUGUUGAUAUCUUGGAAGAACUAAUGUAUCUUUGGACAGAUCAGGGUGGAAAUGCUGUUUUAGAUAUUUUUCUAACCCCACAAUCAUUGAGUAACCAAAGAAGAAUUGGUACUAGGGGUGCUGAUAAAGGUGUUAAAGAAGAUUUUAAGCAAGCAAUGCGACGUCAAGUUAUUCGUAGCAACGAUCCAAUUGAUCAAGUUGUAACAAAUUUUAUAUUAGGUGAACGUGUACAUAUUUCACAAUGUUUAGGUUAGCAAAAAAUGUAGUUUAGUAUAACGGAAAAUGCCGUUUCUUUCGAUAUUCGUUGUACCUUUUUCAACAAGUCUUAGUAUUUUGAUCCGCUGUUUCCGAAUUUAGAAUGAUACACUUUCAAAAGUUGAAAUUCCACGACCUUUAUUCUGUAUUAACUUUUGACCUAAUAGAGAUUUUUGAAAAAUUCAAAGUAUGAUUGGUUCGUAAUUGAAAUAUCUAUUAAUAUUUUAAUCUAAAAUUUUAGUGGCAAAACCGGAAAUAUGAAAAAUUGCGUUUUUUUUUAAUAAAUAUAAACAAUUACUAGGAAAACUCUUUUGUGGAAAAAGUUAAAACGAAUAUGGAGUACAAAGAA